ACCGACACAAACACUGCAACUACGGCGUCGAGUGCUGGCACGUCAGUUGUCUAACCUUUGACACCCUGCUACCUCUUCGCUUGACUACAUGCAGUCUAUUUUCCUGAGGGAAACUUGGUUGUACUGCCCAUGCUUGCGCACGGUAAGCUCCCGUAUAUCGAAAACUGAUAUUUCUUUACGCAGAACACCUGGCCAAUCCUUGCCGCCGGCUCAAUGCUGCGGUUAUGGCUCGGUGUAGGGGUAGGAUCCCGUCUGGAAAGCCAGCGGUUGAGUCCUCCCGUACUACUUGAGGACAUCGCUAGCCGGAAUCCUGUCGAACUCUACAACGCGAGAACAGCACCAUCAAGCCUCGGAAGAAAUCGUGGAUUCCCUAUCGGGCGACGUCAUCUCAGGAUAUUCCAUCGACUGGAUCAGCUCUUGCCAGCAGCCUCGGUCUGGGCCCCACCAAAGGGAUUGCAGCUACCGAGGUGCCGAUGGUGUGGGCUAUCGCACGAACGACGGCAGUUAGACCGCCGAACAUAUUCAAAGGCACGCCAGUAAUUGAGGGAUCGACUGGAGAUGAUACUUGAUGAAUUAAGGGCUUGGGGAGAUCUGGCAUCCCACCAUCCCCACGACCGAAUCGGGAUCGCGAUACCGCCACGCCAAAACAGUACAUGCCCGUUGGAACCUGUGUGUGCGCGCUCGCGCACAUGCCGCCGAUCGCGACAGAGAUACUGAGGAUGCUGUCCAUCAGAAUAGCCCCUGGUGUUGAUAUGUGGCGGAAUCACGGACGGGACAAGAGCUGCAAGGAGCCGUCGAACUCCUGUGUUCCCCACUCCCCAAUACUCGUAUCGUCUCCCUAAGUUCCAACCCCACUCGCGUCGCGAUCUCGCUUCGGCCUGUCGUUCAAGAUGGGCAGCGGCACGGUCAAGAAGAAACUCAAACGCGUCACUGAUGUGCUCACCUCGAAGCGUGUGCAGAAGCCUGCGACGGCGGCGCCCUCGACUCCCACCAAGAAGGACACACGGGGGUGGCAAUGGCAUACUCCGCGUCGUCCCCAGGGCCGUGCUGACUGCGGCCACUCUCAGCCCCUGCCCGCUCUCAUCGGUUUCCUCGCUGCCGCUCUGUCACCCCGCCCUAAGGCAUCCGCCCCCGCGACCUCGCGAUCACAACCCGCGUCAUCCCCCGGACAUCCGCCGCUUAGCGAGGUCGCGCCUUGCUGCGACUUUGUUGCACCCUCGGUUCCUCUCGCAGCAUCUGUCCCGACGCCUUCCGACCACACACCGACUGAAACGACCACCCUCGACACAUCGCCCGACCACCAACCCACCGUUCAGGACGGGGACGCGGACUCUAUCGACUCGCGUUUGGAUGAUGACGACGUCGACGAUCAGGAUGGAGUCCAUGGCAAUUACCACCACCCUUCAACGCGCUGCCACAAAUUCCUCGAUUUCGGUUACGCCAUUCUCGCUAGGGACCUCCUCGAUGAACGCGAAACGCCACCCCUGGGUGACGCCUGCCCAGUAUGCCACGCGACAGUAGCUUCGAAGGCCCAGAAUCGCCGCACGCUCUACUACUGCGAAGACUGCUUUACACCCGUUCGGAAAUGCAUCGACUGCAUCCUCACCUCGCAUCGCGAACAUCCGUUUCACCGUAUACAUUCCUGGGUCGCGGAGAAGGGGUGUUGGUUGCGUGUCAAGUUGGGCGACAUCGGAUACCAAAUGGCACUGCACCACGGUGGCUAUCGCUGUCCCUCAGCUACAUCCGAGGGGCGAGACAUCGUUGUCGUGCACGAGCACGGGAUCGAGAGUGUGCCCGUCGUGUACUGUGCUUGCAUGGACGCUCCUCCGGAUCCCUCUCAACUCAUGGAGGCCGGCUUAUGGCCAGCCACCUGGGAGAAGCCGCGGAGCGCGAUCACCCUGGCCGCACUGAAGACCUUCCACAGCCUGAGUCACAACGCCCACACCAACGCACACGACUUUGUCGCUCACUUGGAACGGCUCUCGGAUGGGGUGAUAACUGUCGACGUGAAGGAUCGAGUUCGCGAGUUCAGAAUCGCAAUCCGGACGUACGGUUUCGUGCGCGCCUGCAGACGCGCGGGCGUUGAUCCAUGCAGUGAUCUCCCCAUCGGAUGUCUAGCGGUGACAUGUCCUGCGUGUCCGCAGCCUGGCCACAACAUGCGUCCAGGUUGGGAGGGCCGCGACGAGGAAUUUGCGCACAUGGACGCGCUACAUUUCUGCAUCGACGGAAACUUUCAUUUUAACCUCAAGCCGAAGCAUACCGAUCCCAAAGACUUUCCACUGACGAAGGGCGCCGCAUACUUUGCCCAUGAGGACGACUUCAAGGCAUACAUCGCCACAACGAAGCCGUAUCCUAAUGAACCUUCGAAGUGCAGUCAGUUCGUUGCUAUGGGAGCGGGCAAGUACAAGGGCCCAGUGUCAGGAAUCAUCGCCUUGGUAUGCCGUCACAACUUCGUUCUACAAGGGGGUAUCGUCGAUCUCACCAAGGGAGAGAAGUUCCUCUACACGGACUUUGCAUUCGUGUCCGCCAUGCAACGCUAUCGCGACCUCCGGAUGAUGGUGAUGAUGUACGACAUUGCAUGUCAGUACGUUGUCAAGCUCCCACGUCGGAUCGAGGAUCAGUUCUCCCCCGAGAAGGUCAAGGAUUUCAAGUCGAUCGACUCCGCUCGUCUCCCUGAGAAGUUUGUCGCGGGCAUCGGGAAGUACCAUGAACCCAUGCACACAGCGGAGUGCCGCCCGUUCAACUCUCUCCACAAACUUCCAGGCGUUGGAGACGACUUUGGGGAAAAUGCGGAGCAGAAGUGGGCCCAAAUCGAGGGUGCGACUGCUGCGACGAAGGAGAUGUCGGCUGGCCACCGGCAUGACAUCAUGAAUGACUUGAACAGCGACGAGAAUGCGCAGCUCGUACACGGCAUGGUUGAUCAUCUCUGCGACAAGCAUGAAGUCGCUGAACGACGCCUAGAGGACGCGAAAACCUACCUAGAGUCUGUGGAGAAGUCCAUCGACGACAGCGAACUCGUUUCCAUUUGGCAAAAGGAGCUCGCACAGUGGGAAGUCGACGUCGUCGAUCCGAAGAACCAUGCACACAUGAGCAACCCGUUUGAGAUUGCCUCCGAGGCGUCUCUCACUACGAAGAUGAUCGUCAACCAGCUCCAUGAUGAACACGAAAGGGACGGCAACCGGUACGGGGUCGCAACGGUGUCCGCCAUGGAAGCGGCCCUACAUCUCGACAAUCGACGCUUGGCUUUGCUGCGCAAGAUCAACAGUUGCGAUGGCACCGACAAAGACAGUAAGGCCAUCGGCGCGAAAUUGGAGCACUAUCGUCGCGACGCUCGAAUAUGCCAGGACGAGUGCCACAUACUGCUUGUGCCUGCUGUCGCCAAGGCUGUCAUGGAUGCACAGACGUCCUGCCAAGUGCUACCUCCGACGUUCCCUCGCCGCAUACCGUCGGACGACCUCGCGGAAAAGAUCGCGCCGUUUACUGACAAGCCGCCCUCGCAUGAGGUUGCGCAGGGAGGCAAAAAGCGGAAGUGUUUAUCGCGCGCCCAGAAGGCAUUGCAAGCGAUGGCGGCGGAGCUGCAGGAACCCGCGAUACUGCUUCCCUCUGCAUACCACCGACUUAUCCGGGACCAUGUCGGCAUGAAGGUCGCGGUCGCGACUGAGAGAAAGCUCCGGGAAGGCCUUGCGGCUGAGGCCCUCGAUCGGCUGCGGCUGCAUCUCACCACAUACAAGGCCCUGCAACUCCGGAAGACUCAGGUUUCUGGGGUCAUCAACAAUACGAACGUUGACCAACGCAUCGCGGAGAAGAGGGAGGCCACGGACAGAGCGAAGUACGAGUAUCGGAAGAACCGGCAUCUCCUGCGCAUUCUCGGCAUGCCCGAAGACGAUGCGAAGUUCAAGCCGCUCAAGGACAGCGAUUGUUCGGCGUUCGUGAUCACCGACGCCGAGCGGCAGCGAGGUGACAGUCACCGUCUGCCGAGCUGGAUUUGGGGUGACUUCAGCUACGUCCUCCAAGUCAGGAAUGGUGACAUUCGUCAGUUCCUCGACGACAGCCUCAAGGCGCACUGGUUCCGGCAUGGCGCUCUUGUUGGGCGCUGGAAGGAGGCUGUAAGGACGCGUCGCGAGGAGAUGUAUCGAACUCUGCGUUCGUAUCGUAGAGAUCGCGCGAAGUGGCUCACGAGGGCGGACGAUCGGGAGAAGGUCGGGCGUCUUGGUAGCGCGGCUUAUGCGAGAAGACAGGCUUAUCGUUAUCAGCGGCUGGCCGCUCGGGCCGAGACAAAGUUCCCCGACGUCAUCUACGAAGCCGUCGGAAUCCCUGCAAACAAGCGCAUUGACCCCGCCGGGUAGGGUGACUGGACUGCAUAGUAGAUGUCGGUAUCAUUGAUAGCCAUGUCGUUUUGAACGCAUAGAUGACGCGGUUUCGUUGCUGUGAGGCCCUUACAGUUGUCCUGAUGAAGACUGUUGAGCGAAGGUG